CCGAACAUAAAGCUAAACCCUAACAAUAACUCUUUCAGUCUUCCCUUAUCCUCACAACCCAAAUUCAUACAAAGGAGAGAGAAAACAGCUUCGGUGUUCAUUUCUUCAUAAUCAUUUCAAUGGCGUCGACUAAUGCUCUUACCUCGGCGUCCAUUUUCUGCUCUCCCAAGAAGAGCUUGAGGAGGAAGGUGAAUCAGCAGCAGAGUAACAGGCUGAAUUACAAGCAGUCGAACCGUCGAUUUGUGGUGAAGGCAAAUGCAAAGGAGAUUGCGUUUGACCAGAGGUCAAGAGCAGCUCUUCAAGCCGGCAUUGAUAAGCUCACCGAUGCUGUUGGCCUUACUCUUGGCCCUAGGGGGAGGAACGUUGUGUUGGAUGAGUACGGAAGCCCAAAAGUAGUUAACGAUGGAGUGACAAUAGCUCGUGCUAUUGAGCUUCCUGAUGCCAUGGAAAAUGCUGGUGCAGCUCUCAUUAGAGAGGUUGCUAGCAAAACAAACGACUCUGCUGGUGACGGAACGACAACUGCAUCAGUUCUUGCAAGGGAAAUUAUCAAGCUGGGACUUUUGAGUGUCACCUCUGGUGCAAAUCCUGUGUCGCUCAAGAGAGGGAUUGAUAAAACUGUACAAGGAUUGAUAGAAGAGCUGGAGAAGAAGGCUAGACCUGUCAAAGGUGGCAAUGAUAUCAAAGCUGUUGCUACCAUUUCUGCUGGUAAUGACGAGCUUAUUGGAGCGAUGAUUGCCGAUGCUAUUGACAAGGUCGGCCCUGAUGGUGUUUUGUCCAUUGAGUCGUCAUCCUCAUUUGAGACGACUGUUGAGGUUGAAGAAGGAAUGGAGAUUGACAGAGGUUAUAUUUCCCCUCAAUUUGUUACUAACCAAGAGAAACUGAUUGUUGAGUUCGAAAAUGCUAGAGUCUUGAUUACUGAUCAGAAGAUUUCAGCUAUCAAGGACAUAAUUCCCUUGUUAGAGAAAACCACUCAAUUGAGAGCCCCUCUGCUUAUAAUUGGUGAGGAUGUUACUGGAGAGGCUCUGGCAACUCUUGUUGUGAACAAAUUGCGUGGCAUACUUAAUGUUGCUGCCAUUAAGGCGCCUGGUUUUGGUGAGCGGAGAAAAGCUCUCCUCCAAGAUAUUGCCAUUUUGACAGGAGCCGAGUUUCAAGCCAGUGAUCUGGGUUUGCUUGUUGAAAACACUUCAGUUGAGCAGCUUGGUAUAGCAAGAAAGGUAACCAUCACCAAGGAUUCCACCACCAUUAUUGCUGAUGCUGCAUCAAAAGAUGAAUUGCAGGCUAGGGUUGCUCAGUUGAAAAAGGAGUUGGCUGAGACAGAUUCCGUUUAUGACUCGGAGAAACUGGCCGAAAGAAUUGCCAAAUUGUCAGGAGGUGUUGCUGUCAUUAAGGUGGGAGCUGCUACAGAGUCUGAGCUCGAGGACCGUAAGCUUCGCAUCGAGGAUGCCAAGAAUGCUACUUUUGCUGCUAUUGAGGAAGGGAUUGUUCCUGGUGGUGGUGCGGCAUUGGUUCAUCUCUCAACUGUUGUCCCUGCAAUCAAGGACCGUCUUGAGGAUGCGGAUGAGCGGCUAGGUGCUGACAUAGUGCAAAAGGCAUUGGUAGCACCAGCGUCAUUGAUAGCGCAAAAUGCUGGAAUCGAAGGCGAAGUAGUGGUAGAGAAGAUUAAAACAAGUGAAUGGGAAUUUGGUUACAAUGCAAUGACAGACAAGUACGAGAACCUGGUGGAGGCCGGUGUUAUCGACCCGGCAAAGGUUACCAGAUGCGGCCUACAAAACGCGGCUUCGGUUGCCGGUAUGGUCUUGACCACUCAGGCCAUCGUGGUAGAGAAACCUAAGCCCAAGGCACCAGUGGCUGCUGGCCCACAGGGACUUACUGUGUAGACUGUAGACGUUAAUAAGAGUUGGGAGAUUGUAGCCUCGUAGCUGUGGGGAGUUUAAGAGUUGUCCAAUGUGCUCAUUCAGAAAUGUUGCACUGAAUUUUAUUGCGGGAUUGGGGAUUGAAUAUGCCUUUUUGUAUGGACUUUAGAGAUGCAAUAAUCGAUUGUUUUUUUACAAAUGUAAUCUGUUUUAAUA